CCUAAAAAUGUCAUUAGAUUACUCUAAAGUUUCCGAUUUCGUCCAAGUCUCUUACUUGUACUUGUCCUCGAGUAGUGACGCGUUCCGUUACCAGUGCCUCGACAAGUUCCAGCACAAGUGCGACCUCUCAAAACACAAAGAGAGCCAUUUGGGCCCCCUUGAGAUGCCCUUACACCCCUUUGAGUGCAAGUUUUGCCCCAAAAAAUUCAAACGAAAGUCUUGGCUGAAAGUCCACAUGAAACGACACGACAAUAGUCGCAAUUUCGAGUGUCCCACGUGCGAGAAACGGUUCAAAUUCAAGCAACAGUUGCAAAAACAUGUCUUUUUUGACGAAAAGCCGUUUCCUUGCACUGUGUGUGGGAAGGAUUUUAAGUUGAAGCAAACUUUACAGAACCACGAGAAGGUUCAUUGCGAUGAGAAGGAGUUUCAGUGUGAGAUUUGCCACAAGGAGUUUAAAUUGAAGCCACAAUUGAUGAACCAUAUGAAAAUGCACAGUGAGGAAAAACCCUAUGAAUGCGAAAAUUGUGAUAAGAGUUUCAAAUUUAAACAACAGUUGCAAAAUCAUGAACUUGUUCAUUCGGGGUACAAACAAUUUGAAUGUGAACUUUGUAACAAGAGUUUCACGUUUAAACAACAAUUGAAGGUUCAUUUGAAGAUACAUUUAAAUGUGAAAGAAUUUAAUUGCGACGACUGUGACAAAGUCUUUAGGACCAAGCAGCAGUUGCAAGUGCAUUGCAAGGUGCACAAAGAACCUAAAUAAAUUUUUUUGUUACUUUUUGUAAUGUGAAAACAGAAAAGAAAAUUUUAAAUUUGAGAGUUGGUACUAUUUUUCAACGAAAAUCGUAGCGUGCUUAUGUAUUUUUUGGUUUUGUGGGUUGGUACUUUCGCACAAAGACGCGCAAAUAUUAAUUUAUGUUACAUUUGUUUUAUUUUAAGCAAUAAUGAACUCAAGUUGAAGAAAAUUUAAGUAUUUCGUUGUGUUUUUUGCUGUGUUUAUCGCAAUUGGAAUUUUUAUCUCUUGACCUGAAUAAAUCAUGAAUUAAAAGUU